AUGUUUCUUGUACUUAAUGAACUCAAGAAUGUAGGUGAAGACAGACUCGCAAACUUCAACGCUUUGAAAUCAAUUAUUACGGAUAAUGAGAUUAGAAUUAAUGAAAAGAAUCAACCCAGAAGAACUGCUCAGAAUGUUGCAAACUUCAUUUUCGUAACUAAUAACGUCUACCCUGUCAAAAUUGAAGUUGGAGACAGAAGAUAUGUAGUUUUAAGAGUUAAUGGUAAAUUCAAGGGUCAAUUUGAUUACUUCAAGAAUUUAAUGGAUUCAUGCACAAAGGAAUUUUAUGAUAACCUUUUAACAUAUUUUAUGCAAUAUGACCUUUCAUCAUUUAAUGUACGAAUCAUUCCGAUGACUGAAGCCAAACAAGAUUUAAUUGAAUUAUCAACAAAUCCUUUAGAUGUAUGGAUAAAUACACAUUAUGAUGAAUUGAAUGCAGGUAUGACAUGUAAAAAUGCUCUAUUCUGCAAACCAUCAGACAUGAAAGACAAAAACUUUCAAAUGAGCAUUAAGGAUAAAUGUGAUAGGAAACAGAUAAGAAUAGAUGGUAAACAAACAUGGUGUUAUGUUUUGAAAGAAGAAAUGAAAGGAUUAUAUAAACAGGUUGAACCAAACGAUAAUGAUGAAUCAUUUACUGACGAUGAAAUACCUGUAAAUGAUGCUUUAUAA